GUGUAUUGGAAAUGUAGCCUCCGUUAUUUAUUUCAGUGUUAGGGUGGAUUUUCCCUACAAACGCAUCGAAACAACCAUGCCUUCACGCGCUCCCAACAUCACACUACGAGAGAGGGAGGAGUGAGAGAGAGAGAGAGAGCUGUUUACAUUGUGAACCAGAGCUUAGAUGUAUCCAGCGACACCACCGGGACAGCAACUGGCUCGCCUUAUGGCCACUUUGUGUCCGUUGAACCGCUUCUAACCGACAGCCAUGAUUUAGACACGCAGGUGAACUUCUUUUCGCCACUACGCUCUUCGACCACAACUCGAAAAAAAAGUGUUUUAAAACGGAAAGAACCCCUAGUUUUUAGGCUCUCCUCCGUUUCUUUAUUCUUCGACCUUAAUUGCUCGGAGCUUAUUAACAGGUUAUCACAGUCAUUAUGUCCAGGAAGAAGGGAGUGAAAGGCAAAGGGAACGCCAAGAGCCCCAAGGCGUCGCCGAGCAGCGGGAGGACGGGGAAAGGUCUGGCCGUCGCUGGCGCUCCAUCCUCCGGACUGGUGUACCCCAGCAGACCGUCCAUCAGCAACAGCGGGGAGUUUUACGACAUCGCCUUCAAGGUGAUGCUGGUUGGGGAUUCAGGGGUUGGAAAGACCUGUCUGCUGGUUCGCUUUAAAGAUGGAGCCUUUCUUGCCGGGAGCUUCAUUUCCACCGUGGGCAUCGACUUCAGGAAUAAAGUAAUGAGCAUUGAUGCUAUGAAGGUGAAACUGCAGAUUUGGGACACUGCUGGACAAGAGCGUUUCCGGAGCGUCACACAUGCUUACUACCGCGAUGCUAACGCUCUCCUCCUCCUCUAUGAUGUCACCAAUAAAGCAUCCUUUGACAACAUUAGGGCAUGGCUGACGGAGAUCCAUGAGUACGCUCAGCAGGACGUGGUCGUCAUGCUGCUGGGCAACAAGGUGGACUCGACACAUGACAGGAUGGUGAAGCGAGAGGAGGGAGAGAAGCUGGCGAAGGAGUUUGGAGUGCCCUUCAUGGAGACGAGUGCUAAAUCUGGACUGAAUGUGGAGCUGGCCUUCACUGCAGUGGCCAAAGAAUUGAAGCACAGGACCAUGAAGGAGCCCGAUGAGCCCAAGUUUCAGCUGCAGCAAUACGUCAACAAAGAAAUGAGGACUGUCGGCUGCUGCCGCACGUAGACCACGUCCUAUGUGUGUGUGUAUCCGUGUGUGUGAGAGAAAGCAGGUACAUUGUAUUAGAGUAGUAAUUAACCGGGGAGGUCUGGGAAUUAUGACGUUUGUCAUUGUUUGUAUCAACAAAUGUACGCAUUGGGGGUGAGAACAGGUUGGUAUCAAAGGUAUGGACAGUUAGCUCUCUCUCUCUCUCUCUCUCUCUCUCUCUCUCUCUCUCUCUCUCUACUGACCCACCUUUUUUCUGCAACUGUGAAUGUAAUAUAUAACUCCUAUCUACAUGCUUGCACAUACAAAUGCAUGCACACACCUACACACAUACUACUACUUUCAUCAGCAUGAUGUACAUAUUUUAAAUGUAAUUUUAAUUUUGUGCCCUGGAGCUUUGUAGAUUGAACAUACCUGUCUUGUUGAAACAAGAAGAACAUAGACCCAAAUAUGUUGAAUGUUAAAUAGAUCUGGUUAAAGUGAUAGAAAUGAUUAGAUCUUAACACGUUUGUACAGAAGCUAUUGCACCUAAUGUAAGCUGCCAAAUGGCACUGUGUGCUGUUUAUGUACAGGAUAUCAUAUGAUAACUGUUUUUUAAUACUUGUGAUCAUGACUGUCAUUAUACUGAUGUGUGAAAUCUUUACCUUUUUACAAACAAUAGUUUGUUUGAAUCUGUUAUGGGAAACAUUUUAAACCUACCUUAGUGACGAGUAGACCAUAUUAAAUGUACAAAAACAAGAUCAUCAGCAAAGAGAGGGACUCUAAUCAGAGUUUGCUUCAUGGCAUGAAACGAGUGUUCCGUUCUAUUAUAGGAAGAACUUUUAGCAAUCAAUCUUUUUUGAGAAAGGGAAAGUCCCUUAAAUGUCCCGUGCCGGGUGGUCCAUUACGGGGGCUGGGCCGCCAUUCCUCCGGCAAUGCCUGUUGUGAAAUAUGUAUGUAAAUGAAAAAAGGUUAUUGUUGUGUGUAUGGAUUUCAAUUGUUCCUUUCCUAACUCAUUCAUUACUACAGAAACACGCUGCCUACUGGGGGAAAUGUGCAGCCAAGAAAUGUUGCCUAUGGAUUUAGGAUAUUUUGGUCUGUUUGUUCAUAGUGCUCACAUUUUACUAUAUAUACAGUAUAUAUAUAUAUAUAUCUCACUAUUAAUAUUCUUUUCUGACUAAUAAUGACAUUUUUAAACAAACAUGGCAACACUGCAGCAGCUAGAAGGCUACUUGACCCUGCAGGUCAACCUGUUAGUAGCAACAUGGUCUCGCAUCGCCAGACCUUCCUCCACAGCGCUGCCGAGGAGGGUCUGGCUAGUCCACACAGCAUUCCGGGAUGGCUGGCUUGUAGUUCAAAGCCGCUGGGCAAAAAUUCCUCCGAUGACGCACAAAAAAAAGUUUUGAUGAUACAAAGAUUUUUGUACCAUCUGAGUUUUUUUUUCCAGACAAGCAAUGCAGAGAUCUCUCGUCUCAGGGGGACAUGAGGGAGGGAAGCACCGUCAUUUGAAAAUACUACAGAGUUCUACUGAUACAAAGCUUAAUGCUAAUCAGUGAAGUAUCUCUUUAAAUCAAUCACAAUCGUCUUGGGCGGGGCUAAGCGCCGGGCAGAGCCAUGGUGCCGCUGCAAAAUAUCCUCAGGAAGGAACUUGUUUUGGUGGAACAUGUGUAAAUUCAGAAGUUGUUUUAGUCGUGCAACAAAAAACUCCGAUUGGACAGAUAGUCUAGCUAGCUGUCUGGAUUUACCCUGCAGAGAUCUGAAGACCAGGGAACCAUAGUCCUCAGAUUGGACAGAUAGUCUAGCUAGCUGUCUGGAUUUACCCUGCAGAGAUCUGAAGACCAGGGAACCAUAGCCUUUCCUUAACAAAACUUCCAACAAUAUUGAUUUAUUCAAUACUUCCAAAAAUCUACUCCAUGGUCAGAUGAAGACAGUGGGUUGAUGUUAAAUCCUCCAGAUAAAGCUAGUAAGUUGACUUUAAAUUAAGAUUUGUCACGUUAAUUAUUGCUGAUUUGAGGUAGAUGAUCUAUUAUUGUAAGUACACAGUGAAUUUUCAACUUUACACAAUAUUGUCUAAAUGUCUUAAAAUGCUACACCAAACAUUUGAUUUGUUUCCAUUCUAAAUGUAAAAUAUCGAUUCCUAUAUUAAAUAAUCCAAACUCAAAGAAACCUACCCCAUGGUCCGAUGAAGACGGGAGCUGUGGAUGUAACUUCCAAUGAAGCUAGUUCGCUGACUUUCAGUUAUUGAGCUUGACAUUUUUCUCUCCAAUUUAAUUUUUUUGCCAAUUUCAGAUAAGAGAAUAUAUGUAUCUCCCCUUUUUGUAAGUACAAAGAACAUUUUCAUCUGUACAUACUACAGUAUGAAUGUCUAAAACUGCAACACCACACAUUUGUAUUUAAUUCCUGAUUAAAAUGCUUUAAAAUGUCCAAACAAUGUUAAAUAAUCAUGAACUUAGCGUAUAUGCAAAGUGCCGGUGUUAUACGAUGAGAUUUGACGGAACCCUUCUCACUUGUUUUGUAGUUACAUGUUAUUGUUACUGGAUAUUUGCUGAACUAUGGCAUUUCACAAGAAUUUGUAUAUUUUUUGUUUUAUCAAAUGUGGUUUAAUAAUGCUGUCUGCUUCUGUUUAAAAUAAGAAUUGUAUCGUGAAAUACAAUCAAUACUGAUUUAAUUUGCUGACACUGUAUGGGUAGACUAGUAGACUCUUGACAUACAGAUUUUAAAAUAGAUUUUCAGUAUAAACCCAAAGUUAUUAAUUCAUUGCUAACUUGUAAGCUGUAUACUGUUCUGUUGUAUCCGUCUCCAGUGGUAACAAUAAAGAAUCAGUGAACAGAGAA